AUUUAGUUUACAUUAAUGGCUUUUUAUUCCAUGUGGGGGCGGCAGAGACCUCUACAUGCCUUUGUUCGAGGAACCGAAGAAGAAGACACAAGCGUGCUAGCAUUGGUCAGUGCUCUGUUUGUGGGCGUGGCUAUUCUCGAAAACGGGUACACGCUUCUGUAUGAUUGCCACACGGCAUCCACCCGUUUUUACUUCAUGAUGGCCGCCGCCUUGAGGAGAAACCUUGUAUCAUUGGCCAAGGGCCUGACUGGUGUUGCCAUAAAGCCGCUGUGUGUGCGCUCAUUGAGCCUCUCAACCAAUCAGAAUGCUUCAGACACUCCACCAGCGCGGGCCGACAGCACCUUCAAGGUCACGAUGGUGCCGGGAGAUGGAGUCGGACCUGAACUCAUGAUGGCUGUCAAAGAAGUGUUCAAGGGUGCUGAUGUACCUGUGGAGUUUGAGGAAUUCCACCUGAGUGAGGUGCAGAACAUGGCAAGUGAGGAGAAGCUAGACCAGGUGCUGACCUCCAUGAAGAACAACAAAGUGGCCAUCAAAGGCAAGAUCCACACACCGAUGGAGUACAAAGGAGAGCUGGCUUCCUAUGAGAUGAGACUAAGGAGGAAGCUGGACCUGUUUGCUAACGUGGUUCACGUGAACAGCCUGCCAGGUUACAGCACACGCCACAACAACCUGGACCUGGUGAUCAUCCGCGAGCAGACUGAGGGCGAAUACAGCUCGCUGGAGCAUGAGAGUGUGACCGGAGUGGUGGAGUGUCUGAAGAUCAUCACCAGAGAGAAGUCACGCCGCAUUGCCAAGUUUGCCUUUGACUACGCCACCAAAAAGGGCCGGAGCAAAGUUACAGCCGUGCACAAGGCCAACAUCAUGAAGUUGGGUGACGGGCUCUUCCUGCAGAGCUGUGCUGAAGUGGCUGAGCUGUAUCCCAAGAUCAAAUACGAGAACAUUAUCAUUGACAACUGCUGCAUGCAGCUGGUCCAGAACCCGUACCAGUUUGACGUCCUGGUGAUGCCUAACCUCUACGGCAACAUCAUCGAUAACCUGGCGGCAGGUUUGGUGGGCGGAGCUGGCGUGGUGCCAGGAGAGAGCUACAGUGCUGAAUAUGCUGUGUUUGAGACGGGGGCAAGGCACCCGUUUGCUCAGGCUGUUGGGAGGAACAUUGCUAAUCCUACUGCUAUGCUUCUCAGUGCUGCUAACAUGCUGCGACAUCUCAAUCUGGAAUAUCAUUCUAACAUGGUGUCUGAAGCUGUUAAAAAGGUUAUAAAACAGGGCAAGGUGCGGACGCGAGACCUUGGCGGUUACAGCACUACGGGUGAUUUUGUCCGUGCCGUCGUGGCCAACCUUCGUCACCGGCCUGUGUGCUAAGGACCCUAGCCGCUCCCAGUAGACCACUUCCCCAUGCUUUUCACCCUUCUGCCCUUACCGUUUCCAUCGCUUGCUGCUACUGUCGGUGUUUGAGAGCAGACUUUGCCCAUAUUACUGGCAGUUUUUCCUUGUUUUUUUCUGCUGCAAUGUUUUUCUGCUGUUGUGUUUUUUUUUCUUAUUAAUUUGCCUCUUUUUUUUUUUUUUUUUUUUUGUCAAUUUAAAACCUGUGCCAUAACAACCCAAUGUUCCCUACCAAAUCCAAAGCAUUGAAGAUGGGUCACUAGUCCUGUUUAUUCACACUAGAAAGUCUCAUUUACACUAUUUCAUUUGACACGAGAUGUCUUAACCUGACUGCUCAGUGUUGGUUGGGUAACAGGGGCAGUAUUUCUUUCCUCAUCUUAUACAUUUCAUCCUAAGUGAUGAGAUACUGUCAUGUUUAUAUCACUGUACUACUCACUUGAUCAAUGGCUGCUAGUGUUUAGCAUUCCUUAAACUUUCAUGAGCUUGUUUCUGUGUGUGUGAACAAACUGUAGGUCACCUGAAUAGGUUAAAAGUUCCAUGGAGUUCAUUCAGCAUUUUAAAAUGGAUUUCUCAGCUCCAUUGCCAUCAUCUGCAGCAACCAAAAACUCCUGCCAACCCCACAGUGCAGCAAACACGUAUGCGACGAAACAAACAUUUUUUUAUGUAGACUGAUUUUCAACAGUAUUGGAAAGGAUUAAGAAGCUAUUCCCAACCUUGCAUCAUUUCAUUUCAUUUUUUUUUUUAUAUAACAUUGUGAACUAGGUGGGGAGAAAAGUGUUUCAUAUAACCACAAAAAUCACUAUUUAUGAUUGAACUGCUUGUUUUUCGAAUAAAUACUCCUGUAAAAAAGUGUUGACACCCGGGACAAAAUAAAGACUAUUCUAUAAAAUUACAUGGUCAUGUGGCCGUUUUAUAGAGAAUCAUCUUCUCAGCUGAUUCCUGUUGGGGCUUUGUGUAUCAGUUGUUUAGGGAAAUGGGUUUGGGAAGCUAUGAAGUAUAAAAUUUCAAAUCACCACCCUGCACAUUUCAUAUGCCUACACUCCAAGGCCAAGCCCAAAAUGGAAAUAUUAAGCUUUUAUUGGUCUUAACAACAAACCAUUGGUCAGGAAAUUAGCAAGAAUGAAACAAACGCACUCCUGAGAGCUCCUGUGCCACCAUUUGCUCAUUUACUUUUGCUGCAAUGAACUGAUUG